AUGAGCCUGUUACUCAACGGUUGGAUGGGCGACGCUGUGGAAGUAGUGUCUGGAGUAAGGCAGGGGUGUCCCCUAGCCGCGUACCUGUUCCUGUGCGCAGUGGAGCCGUUGGCGCAGGAAGCGGCGAGUCGGAACUUGGGGCUCUCAGGAGAAGGGCGUCGUCUGGCGUAUCUGGGAUAUGCUGAUGACACCACCCUGCUUUUGGAAGGGGAUGCUCAGAUUGAGGAGGCUGGAAAACUCUUGGAAAAAUUCGAGGGGGACUCAGGCUUGGCUACCAACAAGGGGAAGUCGGUGAUCCUGCCACUAGGGAAGAACUUGAACAAGCAGCCGUGGAAAACGGAUGGUUUUAAGUGGGCGAAAGCGGAUGACGCGGAGCGCCUGCUGGGUGUGUGGGUGACCCCAGCUGGAAGCUGUGAGCCAACGUGGGAGAGGGCCCUCGCGCAGAUUAAGGAGAAGCUAAUACUGUGGGAAGCGCAGCACCUCACAACCGGGGCGAGCGCAGCUGUCAUUAACUGCUAUAUCUCACCGAUAGUCUUCUUUCAGGCGCAAGUAUUCCCCCCACCUAUGGGGAUCUGGGGGAGGAUUAUCAAGCUGGUGCAUAAUUUCAUGUCUGGGAAUAGGGCCUCUACUGAUAAGGGCUUCAUCCUAUGGAGCAGGGAACUGCUAUAUAUGUCACGAGAGGAGGGGGGAGUUGGUGUGAACGACCUGGAGAUAACUCUUACCUGCCUCACAGCCAGACGGAUAGGGCUCCUUCUCACCGAGACGGACGCGCUGAAAAAAGACAUCAUGCUAAAAGCCGCGGACCUGCCGCUAGGGACUGACUCGUUUGUGGCGCACGUGAAGCUGAUGAAGCAGUGGCGUGGGAAGAGCGAGAGGUGGAAGCUGGCAUGCAGUAACUUCUUGCAAUCACCACAGGCUGACAUGUCCCGGGAGCUGACAAGGGAAGAGGUGACAGAGGAGCGAAUAGUCUUUAAUCGCCGCAUCCUACUCAACGACAGAACAACGGUGGGGGGACAAAAAGCUGCGGCGAAGCUGUGGGAGGUCCGUCUACGUGAUCUGCUGACGGCGGACGGCGCGGGAGGCUGGAGGGUCAAGGACUCUGAAAUCCUUGCAAAGGAUCUGAAGGGGAAAGCGGAGGCGAAGCUAGCACUGCAGGCUUGGGAGGCAGUUCCGCAAGAGUGGAAAUUGCUACUCCUCUCUGCCGAGCUUUCACCCCCACCCUGCUCUGCACCGAAACCCUAUCUGCUUCAUACAAAAGUUUUUAAGGAUGGGCAGCUGCUGUCGAUGAAAGAAAUGAAGAAGGGCUGUCGGCUGGCAAAACGGCCCUCAACUAAAAGGUAG